UGUGCGGGGGCUUCAGGCCGGCUCGUGGCCUAGAAAGCGGCGGGAAGGAAGAUGGCGGCCGAGUGACUUCGUGCUGCAUCCGCCCGCGAUCCGCUUCAUCCGCCGCCCGACAGCGCCCCGCUCUCCCCCACGCACCGCGGCCGUCCCCGGCCAGCCUGCCCCGCCGCCCAUUUAUCGCACAGGUGGCUUGUGGCAAAAAAUUAAUCCCUUUCACCCGACUGCUGAUAAGGACCGCUAGCGACCAUGUUUUUAUACAACAUCACGCUGCAGAGAGCCACGGGCAUCAGCUUUGCCAUCCAUGGAAACUUCUCAGGGACCAAACUACAAGAGAUUGUUGUGUCCCGGGGUAAGAUCGUGGAGUUGCUUCGGCCUGAUGCCAACACCGGUAAAGUGCACACGCUGCUGACAGUGGAGGUGUUUGGGGUCAUACGUUCCCUCAUGGCCUUCCGUUUGACCGGAGGCACUAAAGAUUACAUUGUGGUGGGCAGCGACUCUGGCCGUAUCAUCAUUCUGGAGUACCACCCUUCCAAAAACAUGUUUGAGAAGAUCCACCAGGAAACCUUCGGAAAGAGUGGGUGUCGCAGGAUAGUUCCGGGCCAGUUCCUGGCGGUGGACCCCAAGGGCAGAGCUGUGAUGAUCAGUGCCAUUGAGAAGCAGAAGUUGGUGUAUAUUCUGAACAGAGACGCAGCUGCCCGUCUCACCAUCUCCUCCCCGCUAGAAGCUCACAAGGCCAACACCCUGGUGUACCAUGUGGUGGGGGUAGACGUGGGCUUUGAGAACCCCAUGUUUGCCUGUCUGGAGAUGGACUAUGAGGAAGCGGAUAAUGACCCAACUGGAGAAGCUGCAGCAAACACCCAGCAGACGCUGACCUUCUAUGAACUGGACCUCGGCCUGAACCACGUGGUGCGUAAAUACAGUGAGCCGCUGGAGGAGCACGGCAACUUCCUAAUUACAGUUCCUGGAGGGUCAGACGGUCCCAGCGGGGUCCUCAUUUGCUCAGAAAACUACAUUACAUACAAGAACUUUGGUGACCAGCCAGAUAUUCGAUGCCCGAUUCCCAGGAGAAGGAAUGACCUGGAUGACCCGGAGCGAGGGAUGGUGUUCGUCUGCUCCGCCACACACAAAACCAAAUCCAUGUUUUUCUUCCUGGCUCAAACGGAGCAGGGGGACAUCUUUAAGAUCACCCUGGAGACGGACGAGGACAUGGUUACAGAAAUUCGUCUGAAGUACUUUGAUACCGUUCCGGUGGCGGCCGCAAUGUGCGUCCUGAAAACCGGCUUUCUCUUUGUGGCUUCAGAGUUCGGGAACCAUUACCUCUACCAGAUCGCUCACCUGGGUGAUGACGACGAGGAGCCGGAGUUCUCCUCCGCCAUGCCCCUAGAAGAGGGAGACACCUUCUUCUUCCAGCCACGGCCUCUGAAGAACCUUGUGCUGGUGGAUGAGCAGGACAGUCUCUCGCCCAUCAUGUGCUGCCAGAUUGCUGACUUGGCCAAUGAAGAUACUCCUCAGCUGUAUGUGGCCUGUGGCCGGGGUCCACGUUCCUCUCUCAGGGUUCUGAGACACGGGCUUGAGGUCUCGGAAAUGGCCGUCUCGGAGCUACCCGGUAACCCCAAUGCUGUGUGGACAGUAAGGAGACAUAUAGAAGAUGAGUACGACGCCUACAUCAUAGUAUCCUUCGUCAACGCCACCCUGGUACUCUCUAUCGGAGAAACUGUAGAAGAAGUGACGGACUCUGGGUUUCUCGGGACAACGCCAACCCUGUCCUGCUCUCUGCUGGGGGAGGACGCCUUGGUGCAGGUCUAUCCCGAUGGCAUCCGGCACAUUCGUGCAGACAAGAGAGUCAAUGAGUGGAAAACGCCUGGGAAGAAGAUGAUUGUGAAGUGCGCGGUCAACCAGCGCCAAGUGGUGAUCGCUCUAACUGGGGGGGAGCUUGUGUACUUCGAGAUGGACCCCUCCGGGCAGCUGAAUGAGUACACGGAGAGGAAGGAGAUGUCUGCGGACGUGGUGUGCAUGAGCCUGGCUAACGUGCCUCCUGGGGAGCAGCGCUCCCGCUUUCUGGCCGUGGGUCUUGUGGAUAAUACUGUCAGAAUCAUAUCUCUGGACCCGUCGGACUGUCUACAGCCGCUCAGCAUGCAGGCCCUUCCUGCCCAGCCAGAGGCCCUGUGCAUUGUGGAAAUGGGAGGCACAGAAAGGCAGGACGAGCUCGGAGAACGAGGCUCCAUUGGGUUCCUGUACCUGAACAUUGGACUUCAGAAUGGGGUGUUGCUCAGAACCGUGCUGGACCCAGUAACCGGUGACCUGUCUGAUACCAGAACCAGAUAUCUGGGAUCACGGCCGGUCAAGCUGUUCCGUGUCAGGAUGCAAGGACAAGAGGCUGUCCUAGCCAUGUCCAGUCGCUCCUGGCUCAGCUAUUCCUACCAGUCCCGCUUCCACCUGACGCCCCUCUCCUAUGAGACCCUGGAGUACGCCUCCGGGUUCGCCUCUGAGCAGUGUCCAGAAGGAAUUGUAGCGAUCUCCACCAACACGCUGAGAAUUUUGGCGUUGGAGAAGUUGGGAGCAGUAUUUAACCAAGUGGCUUUCCCUCUCCAGUACACCCCACGGAAGUUUGUUAUCCACCCUGAGAGUAACAACUUGAUCAUUAUCGAAACAGAUCACAAUGCGUACACUGAGGCCACCAAAGCUCAGCGCAAGCAGCAGAUGGCAGAGGAAAUGGUAGAGGCUGCAGGAGAAGAUGAGCGGGAACUGGCUGCUGAGAUGGCCGCAGCUUUCCUGAAUGAGAAUUUGCCAGAGUCCAUCUUUGGAGCCCCGAAAGCUGGAAAUGGCCAGUGGGCAUCUGUUAUCCGGGUGAUGAAUGCCAUCCAGGGUAACACCUUGGACCUGGUGCAGCUGGAGCAGAAUGAGGCUGCGUUCAGUGUGGCCGUGUGUCGGUUCAGUAACACUGGGGAUGACUGGUACGUCCUGGUCGGUGUGGCAAAGGACCUGAUCCUGAACCCUCGCUCUGUGGCCGGUGGUCUGGUUUAUACGUAUAAGCUGGUGAACAAUGGAGAGAAGUUGGAGUUUGUGCACAAGACGCCCGUGGAGGAAGUUCCUGCCGCCAUCGCGCCCUUUCAGGGGCGGGUCUUGAUAGGGGUGGGUAAAUUGCUGAGAAUUUAUGACUUGGGAAAGAAGAAACUUCUGCGUAAAUGUGAAAACAAGCAUAUUGCAAAUUUCAUUGUGGGGAUCCAGACUAUCGGACAGCGCGUUAUUUUGUCAGACGUACAGGAGAGCUUCUUAUGGGCUCGGUAUAAGCGCAAUGAGAACCAGCUUAUUAUAUUUGCCGAUGACACGCAUCCUCGGUGGGUGACCACUUCCAGCCUGCUGGACUAUGAUACGGUGGCUGGGGCGGACAAGUUUGGCAAUAUCUGUGUGGUUCGGCUGCCUCCUAAUAUAAAUGAUGACGUUGAUGAAGAUCCUACUGGUAACAAGGCUCUGUGGGACAGAGGGCUCCUCAAUGGGGCAUCUCAGAAGGCGGAGGUGAUCAUGAACUAUCACAUAGGAGAGACGGUGCUGUCACUACAGAAGACCACGCUGAUUCCUGGCGGAUCAGAGUCUCUGGUGUAUACCACACUAUCCGGUGGCAUCGGCAUCCUGGUCCCGUUUACUUCCCACGAGGAUCAUGACUUCUUCCAGCACGUGGAGAUGCACCUCCGCUCUGAGCAUCCCCCGAUUUGUGGGCGAGACCACCUGAGCUUCCGCUCCUACUACUUCCCAGUGAAGAAUGUCAUUGAUGGAGACCUGUGUGAGCAGUUCAAUUCCAUGGAGCCAAUAAAGCAGCAGAGCGUAGCAGAGGAGCUAGAUAGAACGCCCCCGGAGGUCUCCAAGAAACUGGAAGAUAUCCGUACCCGUUACGCCUUCUAGUCGGCCCCCAGUGGCCCUGCCACGUCUUGUCUCUGAUCUGCCCCGUUUUCCCAUCAUGCUUGUGGCUGUGAGUGUAAAUAAUGAUUGUGACACAAGUUCCGGCACUACACACCAAGAGGUGGAGUCCGUCAUGGAAUUCCCUUACAGCAUGGGUCUUCAACCUGCGACCCUCCAGAUGCUGUGGAACUACACAUCCCAGCAUGCCCUGCCUCAGUUUUAGCAUACCUUAAUAGCAAAACUGUGGCAGGGCAUGCUGGGAUGUGUAGUUUCACAGCAGCUGGAGGGCCACAGGAUGAAGACCCAUGUCUUACAGGAUAUACUGGAUUCUGUUUGGACUGGGAAUCUGCAUGGGACUGAAGUGGUGGUAGGUUGGCCUCAACACCGUUGUAAGGCCAAUGUAGGAUGAGUGGGCAUUGUAAACUAGCGGCCCCUCUGUGCAUUAAAUCCUGCCGCGCCCAUCGUUGUAAAUAUAGUUUUAUAUGUUCCUUGUUUGUGUUUUGUUCUCAUUUUUUAAUUGUGGUCCUUGCCGGCAGAAUAUUUGCAGGCGGCAGCUUUUGUCUGGACCGUGUGACUGAAAGCCAAUAAAAGAUGUUUUGUAA